GAAGAAGGACGAUGACAAGGCAGAUCUGAACCUUAAGAAGGACGAUGACAAGGCAGAUCUGAACCUGAAGAAGGACGAUGACAAGGCAGAUCUAAACCUAAGGACGAGGAAGAUAAGACCGAAAAAGAUAGAGUAGAUCCUCAUGACACCGAGGAAGAGAAGAAGGACGAUGAUAAGGAAGAUGCUUCUGAUGGCGAAGAGGCUACAGGAGAAAUUCCAGCAAGUCUGCAAGGAAAACGAACUUCUGAACGACACGAGAAAAGCAUCUGUGAACGCGUACGCGGACCUUCUUCAGGCUACACGUGCUUCCGAAAUGAGCGAGGCACGUGACCGACAAGUCCUGCAAGACAAACUAAAGGAAGUCGAGUCUAAGCUGGCUGAAUGCACAAGCCAGGUCGCCGAUCUGACCGCUGCUAACGACAAGCUUACGAGAGACAAUACUAAGCUUGUGCAGGCCAACCUUGCCAAAGACGAGGUUAUUGAGAGCUUGCAUGCUCAGCUCUUGGUGGCCACACGCAAGAAGCCCUCCCGAUGGCAAAGAUUUAAGCGCCGAGUAAGGGCGUUGUUCGGCUGAGCCUACCAGAGUCGACAAGCGCCACAUCUUUUUGUAUCUUUUUCUUUUUGGGGUUGCGCGAUGAGUGCAAGUAUAUUAUGGAUUUUUAAGACUUUCAAAACAAAUGGACUAAAAUAAUUGAUAGAAUUUUUCUCUUUCCCAUUUGUAUCUUCUUUUAUAUAGCAGAUUGAUUUUAAAAAAAUCAGCCGACGACAUUUGCGGGAGAGCACACGUAACUACCUCCUUUUUAUAGUUUUAUGAAUACUUUUUGGCCGGGGAAAUACCGGCUUAAGCAUGGUGGCACAUUCAAAUCAAAUCCAUGCGCGAUUGAUUCUGUCCUGAAACUUAUGAUUAUAUGGUCACAUUCAGCGCCCUAUAGGGUGAAAGUUUGUUGCCUUUUCUACCGUCAAAAUCCAAACGAUUCUGUUUCUAGUUUUCCCGCAAAUGGCUAUGUGCUUUAUUCAGUAUUUUUUCAUUCACAUUUUUUAAUGGCUGAUUUGGCUUUUAUUACACAAACAGUUAUUUUUGUAUCUCAUUGCGCAACCCCAUGAAACACUAUGUAUGAAAUUUCUUGUUCUCAACACUAUGUAUAAAAUUUCUUGUUCUCAACAGUAUGUAUGAAAUUUCUUGUUCUCAACACUAUGUAUAAAAUUUCUUGUUCUCAACACUAUGUGUGAAAUUUCUUGUUCUCAAAUCUCUAGGCACUUGCUUCUCGCAAGAAAACUACUGCACAUUUACAGAGUGUAGAGUUUGAUUGUUAUUUUGUAAAUAAAUGGCGAUAACAAA